AUGCCAACUACAAUCUAUGAAGGAAAUCCAACAGCUCCAAAUGAUCUUGCGUCACUAAAGACAUUGGUUGGAAGGAAAUACCAGAACUUGAUCGAAAGAACUAUUACCUUCUUACCACAUAGAUGGGCUGCUGCUGCUUUAUUAUUAAUCUUAUAUAUCUUGAGAGUGUAUACAUCUGGAGGUGGAUGGUACGUUGUUACCUAUGCACUUGGAAUCUUCUUGUUGACGCAGCUGAUAGCAUUCCUCUCGCCAAAGUGGGACCCAGAUAGCGAUGUUGAUGGUCUCAACGUGUCUCUCCCAACCAAAGGUGAUGAGGAAGUCAAGCCAUUCGUAAGAAGACUCCCAGAGUUCUUGUUCUGGCAUCUAAUUGUAAAGGCAUUGACUAUUGCCAUCUUCUGCACAUUCAUUCCAUUCCUCGAUCUGCCAGUGUUCUGGCCAAUUCUCUUGAUGUACUUCUUUGUCUUGUUCGCCAUCACCAUGAAGAACCAGAUCAGACACAUGAUCAAGCACAAGUAUAUCCCCUUCACAGUUGGCAAGAAGGUCUACAACACAAGAGACUAG